GCAGCACCCUCUCCAACUCCGGUUCCCAUCGUCAUCGCCCUCGCUUCCUGCGGUAGCUUAUUGUCAAAGAUGGGUCGUGUUCGCACCAAGACAGUGAAGAAGUCCUCACGCCAGGUAAUUGAGAAGUACUACUCUAAAAUGACCUUGGACUUCCACACCAACAAGAAGAUCUUGGAAGAGGUUGCCAUCAUCCCCUCCAAGAGGCUUCGUAACAAGAUUGCUGGGUUUUCCACCCACUUAAUGAAGAGAAUUCAGAAGGGUCCAGUUAGGGGUAUCUCAUUGAAGCUUCAAGAAGAGGAGCGUGAACGCAGAAUGGACUUCGUUCCAGAUGAGUCUGCUAUUAAGACUGACAACAUCCAAGUUGACAAGGAGACUAUUGAAAUGCUUGCUGCUCUUGGCAUGUCUCAACUUCCUGGUCUCCAUGAAGUUGAACCACAGACCAUGGUUCCUCCCCCAGUCUUUGGCCGGGGAGGUGGUGCAGGUAGAAGGUACUGAGGUUAUCAAGGCCUUGCAGUCAUUGGAGUUUGGAAAAUUAAGUUGUUUCUUUAUGUUUUUGGUGGUAGUUACUUUUAGAUGAUUUGUUUUAGACGAUUUUGUCAUCAGUUUUUGGAGAAUUGUUGAAUUUGAACGCGAAAUAGUACUUCUGUGUUGAUCUAAUAGACUCAAUGAUAUAAG